GGCGGGGCGGGCGCUAACGGUUUUCGGUAGCCCGGUCUUAGAGGGGCGGGGAAGAGGAGGUGGCGAGUCCGUCUCCCGUGACCCUUGGCCCCUAGCGACCCCGCACCCCUGCAGACACCCCAAGAUGAUGGGCUGUGAGGAGUCAGAGCUGGAGUCGGUGGAAGGGGGAGAGGCCGUGGCUGACCCAGGGCCACCCCCAGAACCCCGAGCUCCCGAGCCCGGAGCCCCAGUGCCGGAGCCCGGCCUGGACCUGAGCCUGAGCCCUCUGUCCGAGAGCCCCGGGCGCGGGCGGUCCAACUGCAGCCCGGGACGGCGGAAGGGGCGGGCGGACCGGCGGGGCGGGGCCCGCAAGGGGCGGCAGGUCCGCUUCCGCCUGGCGCCGCCCUCCCCGGUACGGUCCGAGCCGCCGCCGGCCGCCGCCGCACCGAGCGAGAAGCCCGCGGCGCCGCAGGACCUGGGGACGCCCGCGCAGCAGAGCAGCCUGGCCCUGAGCUUCGAGCUGCAGGCCGCGCGGGCCGCAGCCGGGGGCCAGUUCGAUGCCGCGAAGGCCGUGGAAGAACAGCUGAGAAAGUCGUUCCAGACCCGCUGCAGCCUGGAAGAGAGCGUGGCCGAGGGGCUGAACGUGCCGCGCUCCAAGCGGCUCUUCCGAGACCUGGUGAGCCUGCAGGUGCCCGAGGAACAGGUUCUGAACGCCGCGCUGAGGGAGAAACUGGCGCUCCUGCCGCCACAGGCUCGAACCCCGCCUCCAAAGGAGCCACCUGGGCCAGGGCCAGACAUGACCAUUUUGUGUGAUCCAGAAACAUUAUUUUAUGAAUCUCCACACCUGACCCUGGAAGGUCUGCCCCCUCUCCGGCUUCAACUCCGGCCCCGCCCUUCAGAGGAUACCUUCCUUAUGCAUCGGACACUGAGGCGAUGGGAAGCGUAGACUUGGAGGCUCCCUGGAUUGCUAGUUCGUAUUUUUUUGUUUUUAAACUAUGAGAAUAAAGUGGUUUUGCUAACAAA